AUGAUUCGAGAUGUGGGUCUUAAUAAGCUAGAUAAAAAAAUUAAACUUCUGAGGGCACAUGAAGAGCUAGCAAGUAAAAUUUCCGAAAAUGCCCAAGAAAGUGAGCUGUCGAAGAAUCCUUUACCUACUGAAUUACCAGAGAAGCGCAAAUUUAAACUGCCGAAGAUCGAACUAAAGAAAUUCAACGGCGAAGCAAAAGAAUUUUUGACGUUUUGGAGCCAGUUUUCGAAGAUCCAUGAAGAUCCGACGAUUCCAGAUGAAGAUAAAUUCCAGUACCUCCUGCAAGCAGUUGUUCCUCAGUCCAAAGCCGCACGGGUAGUGGAGAGCUUUCCGGCAACGGCCUCGAAUUAUCCGAAAGCAAUCGCCCGCUUCGAGAGAGGUUUGGAAGAGAAGACUUACUUGUGCAGAUAUACGUCCAGAGAUCUUCUAAGCAUGGUUAUGCGUAAUGCAAGCAGUGGACGUGUGAAGACGGAUCUUCCCACUCUCUACGAUGAUUUAGAAACCAAGAUUAGAGCUUUAGAAAGUCUUGGAAGAACGCAAGAGAAGUAUGGUGAUUUCUUAACGCCUUUAGUUGAAUCCUGCCUGCCCGAAGAAGUAUUAAUUGCUUGGGAGAGAAACAGAAAUUUAAAAGAAGCACCUCAGCCUGAUGACCGAUGCCUUGAAAAUUUGAUGAAUUUUCUGAAACAAGAAGUGAAAGGAGAAGAGAUGGUCGU